UAGACAUUUUUGGUUGAGGUUUUAUCACCAUGGAGGUUGGUGAGGAUAAUCUGUUAGCUCCAAAUAAAUUAGAGUAAGUAUUGCAACUGCAUUACCCGUUCAGCAAACGGCAAAAACUACAAUGUAAUAAAUUGUCUAGCAACUCCAUUUUGACAUUGUCCACUUGGCGGUUCACUAUGUAUGAUGGGGGAUCUCGCGCUGCUGAAGGUGAUUGGCUGAUGGGGCUAUCGGACGCUUCUGUAGUGUGCGCGUGCCGUCAGCUAGCCAGCCUAUCGCAAUCCGAGCGCGAGCCGAAAGCAUACGAGCCGCCUGCUCUGUUACUACCAGAGCGAAACGAGGAAGUUUCAACAUCUAUUUCCGUGCCGGCAUCUGUAAAUCCCAGACGCGGCACGUGUGGGACAUAAUAUCAUCGUUUACCGUGCUUGUUGGGUAAAUAUGCAGUAUAAUUUGUACCAAAAUGUCCUGUCAGCUCUUAUAGGGUACUGUACUUAAUCUCGUUAGACCAGAGGCGCGUCUGAGAGCAUCUUGCGACAUCGUGAGGCGGAGUUUGAAGCACAUGACGUAGGGAUUCGCACGAUCGACCAUCAUGGUGGCUGAGAUAUUACAGGGCCAUAUAAGAAGUGGCAGCGCACCGGGCGGCGAUGACACAGCUUCCACGGCGCUGGGGCCGAUCGGACCGCAAGAUGCCAGUCAGUAUUCCGGUGUAUCAAACGGACCUGUUCACCUGACCUUAUCCAGCUCUAAGGAAUCUGAACAGGAGAUACCUCCCGAUGAGACACAGGCUAUGCUUCCUGGUGGACAGAAGCCACUGCAAACUAAGCUUUAUUUCAGACGAUUUACCGUUUUAACGGUGUUCAGCCUUUAUUCUCUCGUCAAUGCCUUCCAGUGGAUUCAGUACAGCAUCAUCACCAAUAUUUUCACCGUUUACUACAACGUGCCAAACGAUAAGAUCGACUGGCUGUCGAUUGUCUAUAUGGUUGCAUACAUUCCGUUGAUCUUCCCAGCUACUUGGUUACUAGAUAAAAAAGGAUUGAAAAUUACUGCACUUCUGGGUUCCGGUCUGAACUGCAUCGGGGCGUGGUUGAAAUGCGCCAGCGUGAGACCUGAUCUUUUCGGGGUGACGAUGACGGCGCAGGUUAUCUGUUCCGUUGCACAGGUGUUCAUCCUCGGACUGCCGUCCAGGAUUGCAUCAGUGUGGUUUGGACCUAAGGAAGUGUCUACUGCCUGUGCAGCAGCAGUACUAGGCAAUCAGCUGGGUGUAGCAGUGGGUUUUUUGCUGCCUCCAGUUCUGGUGCCCAAUACCCCAGACGACAAGGAUCUGAUGGGCCACAACAUCAGUAUCAUGUUCUAUGGAACGGCGAUAGUUUCAACGCUACUCUUCAUUUUAGCAGUUGUUGUCAUUAAAGACAGACCUCCCAUGCCACCAAGUCAUUCCCAGGCAGUUCUUCCCGAUCUUCCUGCUGAAGAUUACUCCUACAAGCAGUCAAUCAUUAACCUCUUCAAGAGCAAGCCCUUUGUCUUACUUCUCAUCAGUUACGGCAUCAUGACAGGAUGCUUCUACUCUUUGUCAACGCUGCUGAAUCAGAUGAUUUUGACACAUUAUGUGGGCCAGGAGCUGAACGCAGGCAGGAUUGGCUUAACCCUGGUUGUGGCGGGUAUGGUAGGCUCCAUAAUCUGUGGGCUGUGGCUGGAUCACACUAAAACCUACAAAAUGACCACUCUGAUAGUCUAUAUCCUCUCCUUCGUUGGAAUGGUGGUCUUCACUUUCACCCUGGACUUGAACCAUAUCAUAGUGGUCUUCUUUACAGCGGGAGUGCUGGGAUUUUUUAUGACUGGUUAUCUACCACUGGGGUUCGAGUUUGGGGUUGAAAUUACGUACCCGGAGUCAGAGGGAACAUCAUCUGGUCUCCUAAAUGCAUUUGCGCAGCUGUUCGGGAUCAUUUUCACUUUGAUCCAGGGAAGGAUAAUGACUGAUCACACCCCUUUGGCUGGGAACCUGUUCUUAUGCGUGUGGAUUUUCGUGGGCAUCAUUCUGACAGCCUUGAUAAAAUCAGAACUCAAGAGACACAACAUGAACAGCAGCAAUGAGAAGAAAACUCUGCAAGCAAUCUCCCCUGAGUGUCCUUCAGAUAAACCUUCUGAUGCCAUCACCCAGGUCUCGUUCCCAGACUCUCCUGAGACUCCAGUAUAGGGACUCCUCCACGGUUUCACGUCACAUCAACAGGCCACAGGGCUGCAGAUAAUUUAAAACUGUUUUCGACUGUGUUGCCUUUUUAUUUCAAGAACGUGUGUAUUUAUGUAUGUGAGUCAGUGGUCCGUUUGGCAGAGCACAAGAGAGAUCUCACAGACCACUGUUAGCUGCUUGCUGGUCCAGGCUUCACACUGUACAAAAUAAAACAAACUUGUGCUUUGUUCUGUUUUUAACAAUUUUUUUUGGUGAAAGUACAAGUUUAAAUAGCUCUAGUGUCUUACUCUGUUUCAUAGUCUAGUUUCUUGGCUGUGGUUGUAUUUGUUUUGUAAUUUGCAUUCAUUUGUAUGGGUCCUUCCUCGUCUGUUCCUCUAAUCAAAAGCACUGCAAGUUGUGUUUGAGACAAUCUGCAAUUAUGAAAAUACAUGAUCCUUCUAAUUAGCACAGACUGUAUGUCCACAAAAGCCUUGCAGUCAGGGAAACCGCAACAAGCAAAAUGAUUAUUACCUAUGUCAUUCACAACCCCCACCCCAAAUUUACUGAUAGCACCAAUGACAUCUGUCUCUGCAAGGAAUUUCUUCACAACCCCGUGCUGCCAUUUCAUUCUGAUGCUUAAAGGGAUAAAUGCCCCCCGAGGCUUAAAAAGCACAGAGGCCCCCUACCCUUUUAUAAAGGGCAAAAUGGGUGCCACCUUUUUCCAAAUUUACCCGGUGGAGGUAAUAAGUACACUGGUCCAUUUAGUGCUGGGACUAUAACUGGAAAUGUACUUUUUGCUUGGACGGUGAAGGAUUCAACCUUUUAUUGCACAGCAAUAAAGUAUUACAUUCAGUCGGUUGAAGGUCACGCAUGGUCCCACUGAAACUCUGGCUGGUCCAACGCCUAGUGCUGGAAUGUACAUUGCUGAAUGGUAGACUUUUUCAUGCUUGUGUGUUUGCACCUUGAUCUUGAUAGUGUUGAUAAAAAAAUGCUAUAGAAGGACAAGAAGUCAGAGAUAUGAACUUCAUAGCAUUUGUUAUCUGUCAGAACACAAAAAAUAAAACUGUUUGCUCAGCGAA